GUAACGCCAUAGUAACGCCAUAGUAACCAUAUUUAUGUCUCGCCAGUGUUUUCCCAAACCAUGACUAGAACACUGCUAACCUUAACCAACAUUUAUUUUCAGUUCAGGUUGUUUCUGCAGCACCAAUCAGAACAUUGAUGUCUGGAGGCUCUUUACCAAAAGUCUUUUCAGUUCAUCUAAUGCUGUUUUAGUUCAGUUAAUAAUUAAAAGUAGUUUAAAACGUUUUUAUCCAAGUGAUUCACUGAAAAUCGGUUUAAUUUGUAGAGCAGAACUGAGGAAAUGAGGAUCAGGAACAUUUUUCCCCUCGACAUUAAAUGGUGACGUCCAAAUGUCCAGAUUCAACACGACCAGAACCAGAGCGGUUCUGUCUCAGAAUCCUGCCCAGAUGUUCUGCAGAGAUUCAGAACUGCUUAGAACCACAAACCCAGAUCAGAGUUCUGGUUCCUGACCAGGUUCACCUGGAGCCACCGACACCAUCCCCUCCAGAACGCAAGAACCUGCUGGUUCUGCUGGGUGCCAGUUCGGCCUGGUUUGAAACCAGUGGGAUCUGUUUUUACUGGCGGUUCUGGAAUCGGUUCCAUGUGCGGACUGCCGGGUGUGAACAGCGCCGGCUGUUAGAGCCACAUAAAACCGAGCCGUAAAACGGUUCCAGCAGCCGGAUCCGGCUUCAGACGGCAGGGAGCCGGUCCAAACCGACCUCAGCUGCUGCGCUUCCCCGUCACGCUGACAGAACGAUCGGACCGGAGCCUCUCAGCUUUGCAGAUUUCAGAACCAGGAAGCAGAGGUGAUGAGGAAAAAGACGUCAGGAGAAACUGCAGAUCAUCUGAUUCCUGAGGAAACGUUUCAAAGGUCCACAGAGAUGUGAAGGUCAAUAAAUGGACCCAAAUCCUGGAGAACAGGAACCAUCUGGACUCACGGUAACAACCUGAUCAUGCGACCAGAUCAGCUCAGGUAUAACCAGGUGAAGCUGCUCGGUCAGCUGAACUCCUGCACAGGUUACUGACAAACACAGUCGGUUCUCUUUGUCACUUUAAACUCCUGUUCACUGCAAAAAUAUAAAAUCUUACCAAGUAUUUUGGGUCAAGUUUCCAGAGCAGAUGUCUCAGUUUGGCCUUGUUUAAAGCUCCUUAAAGUUUUAACUCAAUAAUUCCUUAAAAUUGAUUAUUAAGUUUUAUUUCCACUGGCUGAAUAUUUAAGAUUUUGUUUUUCAGUGCAGGAUCUACUUCCAGCGGUGGAUGAAUCGAUUCGUGUUCCGUGUCAGCGGGUCUGCUCCCAAUCUGCAGCUGUUUACUAUGGAGUGACUCAUCUGUCCACACAGAGCAUCUCUGUCACACAUCAAAGCCGAGCCAAAUGAGGUGAUGGGAGCCGCAGCGGCCGACCCAAAACGCCAACCGCUCCGGACACCACCGUAAACACGCCCUGAACGCACCACGGACACGACUGUAAACACGCCCUGAACGCACCACGGACACCACCUUACAUAGGCCCUGAACGCACCACGGAAACGACCGUAAACACGCCCUGAACGCACCACGGACAUGAUCUUAAACACAAACUGAACGCGCCACGGAAACGACCGUCAACACGCCACGAACGCGCCCUGAACACGACUGUAGAGAGGAGAACCAGAUGACAAACGGAGAGAAAACAUGACAGAACAAGAAUAAACAAAACAGAACCAGAACCAAACAAGGGUAUAGCAGCAGAACCGCACCGGACAGAUGUUCAUGUCGUCCAAUCAGCGGCGGCCGUGCGGCUCCCUGUGGCCGUCAGAGGUCAGUGAAGUGACCCUGAGCUGGUGGCGGCGCUGCCAGAAUAGACCCAACAAAGACGGGUUUAUUCUGCGGGCCGAGCAGCGAGGGGUAGGCCGGGGUUAGCGCGCGGAGCAGGCGGAUGAAAGUGCUGUCAGGAAUGUCGCUAAUGAUGUGUUCAAUUAAGUUCAAUUAGCCUAAUUGUCCUCUGUGUGUGGUGAGGGACGGGGAGAAGCGGGAAGAUAAACAGGGACGGACUCUAAACAGAGGACAGGAAAAAACAGAGGACAGAUGGACAUUGUCCCCGAGCUGCUAAACAGAGGUUGACACUUGGUCUCCGCCAAGAACCCAGUCAUCCCUGCGCUCCCGUUCCCGCCAUCUCCACGGCCCAAAAUAAUUACUGCGCUCCCUGAAUGCACCGCUUCUUUCCCAGGAGGCCGCAGGGCCAGCUGGUACGGAAAGCUCAUAUGCAUUUAAUGGAUGCGCUCUGCAGGCUGGGAGAGUUUACUGGACCGCUGGUUUCCAUCAGAGAUCUUCUACGGAGACAGAUGCUCCUUUUCAACCCAGUGGUAAAGUGGGCGGGGCUAAAUCCUGGAUCAGUAAAGUUCAGAUAUUCCUGCUUUAAACGCUUCAGUGUUAAACAAAGUGACAGCUGCUGUCGCCUCGUCAGGUAGCUAAGCUAGUGUUAGCUCACCAAGCUAUCGCUCAACGCUGUGACAAAAACACCGACACCUAGUGGCCAGUUUGGAAUUACAUGUUUAUAUUUAGCAGACCAGGUGUUUUUGUUGGAAACUUUUUAAUAACGUUUCUGCUGUUGACUUUUAUUAUCAUCUUAUUGUCAUCUGUGGUUCCGUAUUUCAUCUCUUCAUAAAUAACCAUAGAAAAUACGUUUAAUUCAGCUUUUCUACGUCCUCUAAUAUGUUCCUUUGUUUUCUUCACCAGUGGUUCUAAUUCCUGGACCGGUCCGCUAGCUGAUUCAACGAUCCACUUUUUGACUCCUGAUCCAGUCAGAGCAACUCGGAGGCGCCCCCUGCUGUCCAAUGGCUGCUGGACUUUGGCACCAGCUCCCAAUAAGGAUAAGCAGCUAAAAGACGAUGGAUGGGUUCUCUGGUGCUGACCGUCUGCUUGGACUGGACCAACAGAACCAAAGAACCCGGUGAGUCCGGUUCCUGUAGCAGCUUCAGGCUCGUUUCCCUCAUCAUUUAACUGAAGGAAGAAAACUUGAGCUUCAUCUUCUGAACAUUUAGACGAUCUGGUCUGAAACAUUUCCACUGGAGUUUAACUUUCAGGUUUUAAAUCUUUUUAAGAAUCAUAACAGUCUUGAUGGAGCCUCUGUGGCUGAGAGACGAGACAGAAAACGAUGAAGGGCAGGAGACCGCCGCCAUGAAAGAAGAGCUCUGAGCUUCCUGCUGCGUAAAUAAAGACGUUAUUUUAUAUUCCAGUCAUUCUGGUCCUGAAUAAACAGGGAGGAUCUACAGGCUGCUGCCGACACAUCAGACUCACAGUUAAUGCAGAUCAGAGCAGGAUCCAUCGUUGUUCCUGGACAUGAAGCCUUUCAAGGUCACAAAGUGCUGAAAACCGCCGCAGGAUCUGGAUAAAUCCUGACUGUUUACGUUGGGACCACCUCAAUUCCUGUCAGGCUGCUGACCAACGGCUCGGCCUUCAUGGGAGGAGGCCGGCCCUGUGGGGUCAGAGGUCACUUCACACAGACUCAUGCAGCGACGCGUCCGAGUGUAAACAUUAGAGUCCCAAACAGAAACACUGAAAUAUGAAUGAGACGGCAGCAUAAACAAACCAAAGAAGAAGCUUCUUCCUCACAUCAGGCGGCAGGACGAGCCGCGGCGUGACGCCGGCCUGCCUGCUCAUCCUGCCACUGGAGCGCUUCGGGUUGAAUUCCUCAGGUAAGAACUAAACCUUCACACGUUUUAUCUGACCUUUAUUAAAUGCAUAAGUUCUCAGCAGGCUGAGAUUCAGGAACGGCUCUGCUGCAGACGACCUUCAUGAACAAUAUUUAUGUUCUCAGAAGCUCCAUCAAGAAACAAAGACGGCGUCAGAGUUUAUCAGGAGGUUUUCCUUCAACACAACGGAGGAAGGGAAGGUUUUUUACAUUUAUUAAACUCAUGAGAAUCAAUUCAUUCUAUCAGUAGAAUAAAACAGAAAUAUUACUAAAAAGUUGUAAAACUGAGAAAAAGUCAUUUUAAAAAGCUCUGCUAGUCGGCAGGCUCUGAGGUUCAUGUGGUUGUUUCUGAAAAAUCAUUUAAAGGAUGAUAAUCUGAUGUGUUAAAGUAUUUAUCUGUAAAACUGACACUAAACGUUUACACAGCACUCAACACUAUGCAUUAUGAUGCAGUUUUUUGUGAGUUCUCAUAAAAUUACUACUUUCUGUAUUAAUAUAAAUGAUUUUAUUUUUAAUAAACAUCUCUGAUCCUGGCCUUAGUACUCUGAUGUAUCUUAAAGCUUCAGAAAUUUGACCUAGUUAAACAUCAUGUCUGUUUAAACCUGGUCUGCAGGUUGUGUGACAUCAGCAGGAGGGUCAAAGGUCAUGGUUUCCUCCAUCCAGCUUCAGCUCUGCCGUUUCUAAAGCCAUGAAUAACUGAACUACAGGAGGCUGGAAUGUUUUAUUUUUAAAAGUUUUAGUGGCUCUAAUGGCCUUUAAUUGAGGUCAGAGAGUAUAGGGGAAGAUGUGUCAAAGGUCACCAGGCCAGGACUCGAACCCGCAGCACUUUCCCGCGAUUCCCAGGUAAAAUGUUGCUGAGAUGAGUGAAGGAUUGUUUUGUCUGUUUCACUGAAGCCGUUCUGGGAAACCAGCCGACCGCAGAGUGAGUUUGGGCCAAGCAGCCGGUCCAACAUGACGGGCAGCGAGGGAGGAGCAGGAAACGCACAGGGAGAGGAAACCAGGAGCUGAACCCUGUGGGUUCACCGCCGGGCCGGGAGGGAGAGGUCACAGAGCCGGGCCGGUCCAAACAUCCAGCCGGACUCUGCUCCUGACAAAACCUCAGAAAACAGCUUUAAUACAAACAGCCACAAGGUUCUGAUUCCAGGUCCAUUCCGAGUCCGUCGGCCUGGUUACAGUGUGUCGGCUGGUUCAGGUUUCUGAGGAAGCCGGUUCUGAUCCAAAUGGGUUCAUUUCAUCUGAAAAGGAGCAGCAGAGGAAGAGAGGUGGUCACGUUUUCCUCCAUCAGACGCAGCAAAGACUCACUGCAGGACGACUGCACCUGGCUGGGAUCUUCACCUGUCACCUUCUUCAUCAGCCUCAUCAUCAUCAUCAGUUCUCUGAACCUCUAUCUGUUCUUUGUGUUUCCUGUUUCCUCCAGGUUAAUCUCUGUCUUCCUGCUCUCUGUUUUCCUGUCUCUUUUCCAUCCUUGGCUUCUCUCUCUCCCUCCGUCUCUCCCUCGUUAGCGGGUCUCAUCCCUCACUGUUGUCGUUCUCCUGCGCAAGAUGACGAAGGAAGCGGCGGAGAGGAUGCUUCUGAUCUCCUCGGCUUUUUGAAGUUCUGUCGUCUGUUUUCUCUCUUUAACUCUCUUUGUGCAUCAUCUUCCCCCAGAGUGUGUGUUUGUGUGUGAAUGUGUCGCCUCUUCUGUCUCUGAAGAGCUCUGAGUGCUUUAUGUAACACACACACACACACACACACACACACACGGUGUGUUAAAGGGACCCAGAGCUGAACCUGAAUCUCACCUGAGCUGCAAGCGGAGUCAGAACUCUGAAAGUCCUCUGAAGGACACAGCGUCCUCUCAAACUCUGCGUCCCACACGAGGACGUCCUCACAGCCAACCGUCCAGAGAUGCAGGAUCAAACACGCUUCAUCUUCUUCUACUUCCUGUCUUGUUUCCAGGCUGAAGUCUCCAGAUAAUUUGAUAUAUGAGGGUAAAACUGCUCAAGGACUCCUGAACAUGGCAGUGAAAUCUGUAAACAUACAGAGGAUCCACGUUUUACCGCUGAAACAAAGGAGCAGAAACAAAAACUUUAUUACUGAAAGAUGAAGAUUCUUUGGCUCCAAAGGGUUAAAUCUUUGUUUCUCAUUCUGUAUUAAAUGUUUAAUUUGAUGAAGUUUCUCCUGAGCUUUCUGUGUGUUGCAGGUUUUGUGUUCAGAUGGAUCUGCUGCAGUGGGACUGAAACCAUCUGAUCAUUUGUGAUGUUCUGAUACUUUCACCUACCGAACCAGAACCUUCCAGAACAUCGUCUCAUAGAGACUCUGUUUUAUUUCCUUCUUUUCUGCCUCGUUUCAGUUUGCAGCUGAAAUAAGAAGCUAAUUUUUUUCAUCAUUACAUUAAAUUAAGUGAAACUGAAGCAAAAAUUUGUGGGAUUUGGUUCAUAAAGUCAGAAUCUGAUCGAUUCAGAGACAAACUUUUAUUAGGAAAGUUUUAUUUGUGAAUAUUUCUGAUUAUUGUUUCUGUGCUCAAAUGUUCCAGAACCAGAACCAGCAGUUCUUCCCUAGGCGAUCCAGCUGCGUUCUUCCUCACCUCUGUGUUUUCAUUUGAACUCUCCGUUUUAAUGGAGCAGCCGUAAAUAUAAAUCAGGUGUUUUAUUUCGGACUCGGAUGGAUGAACAGUCCUGUCAGUGCUGGGAAGCCGGCGGUCCAAUCCGACUGCAUCGAUGCACGAGGACCGUCAGAGACGGUCCUGACCUGAUCUGACUGCAGAGCCGGGUCCAAAGAUCUGCUGUCGGCUCCGUAAUCCUCCAGCCAUGCGAACCGGCUCAGGCUCCCAGGUUCUGCUGCUCGGUGCCGUCAGCAGAACCUUUCUAAGCCACUUCCAGCUGCAGGAAGUCAUUCUGGGUUUCUCCUGCAGCAGAGAGAGCAACAGGAAGCUGCCGUGUGUUUGAAUGGGACAGCCUGAUGACGGGAUGUCCAGCUUGUGACGCCGUCCACUGAAGGACAACAACGCUCUCACUUUCUGGGAAAUAAACCUGGAGAAGUUCAGCUUUGGGAAGCUGACUCUGCAUUAGUCAGAGUCUGAGAAAGAGAUUCUGUUAGAAAAGUUUAAAGUGAUUUAUGCUGAAACAUAAUCACCUGACUCAUAGUUAUUACAGCAAUUUGAUGAUGGGAAAGAGAGGAUGUUCUUCAUCCUGACUGAAACUGAAGCAGAGGAACGUUUGGGUCAGUACAGAACCAGAACUGGAUCGGACAGAAAGCUCUGUGGAAAACAUUUAGUAAUAUUUCUAUUGGUGGAAACACAAAUAGCCUUGAACUCAACUGAAACAUUUGAUUCAUCACUUCGUCCCUCUAGGUUCAGGUCAAAGGCAGUUUGGUUGUCAUGUUGACGUCCCAGACCUGUGAUGUUCAGGAUGUGACUGAAGGCCUGGUUUGUUCCUGAAUGAAACAUUUCCAUACAGGCUUAGGAACGUCUGAGCUUUCAGAGACCUGCUUUGUUGGACCGUGGCUCAGAUGAAACCAGAAAUCUGUUGGUCCAGCAGCAGAGUCCGGCUUGGUUACUGUUCCAGCUCCGGCUUCGUCUUUACGACUGAAGAGCAGAAGAUGGAGGUUAGAGUGAAGGAUAACCAGGACAGAACCAAGUCUCCAGGAUCCAGCUGUCUGACUCUGACGAGAGUCCAAUCCAAAGUCCAAACUGCUGCUCCUCACAAUGAACCUUCAGACAAAAAAGGCCAAAGCCACAUACAAACAUCAGCAGCUUCAGGGUCCAGCUGUGUGUCUCUGAAGUCCAUAGAACCACCUCUGACCUUUAGCCAGGAACCUGCAUCAUCUGGAACAAAAGUGAGGAGGAGGAGCAGCGUUGGAGAGGAGGAGCAGCCGUCCUGCUGUGCUUUGUGCUGCAACGUCCUGAAGGAUCCGGUCUCUACCAGCUGUGGCCACUGGUUCUGCAGACAGUGCACCAGUUCAUACUGGGAUGAGGCAGCUUUAUCAGGAAACGCCUCUUGUCCAAACUGUGGAAAACGUUUAAAAAGGAGAAAUGAACAGGACACAGGCAACCAGAGCAACUCUCUGUAUGUAGAUGAUGGUCUGCAAAAGGCUUUAGAGGAACAUAAGAUCAGUCUUAGGAGGAGAUGUGAAUGUGUGACUGAAGGAAGUGAUGAAACAGGAAGUAAUGAAAUAGGAAGUAGAACCCUCCUCAACAGAAUCUACACUGAUCUCUACAUCACAGAGGGUCAGAGUGAAGAGGUUAAUACCCAACAUGAGAUGAAGCAGCUGGAGAGAGCUUCCAAGAUUCAGAACCUCAAUGACUCUCCAAUCAGGUGCCAUGACAUCUUUAAAUCCUUCCCUGACCAACAUGAAGCCAUCAGAGUAGUUCUGACCAACGGCAUCGCUGGUGUUGGAAAAACCUUCUCAGUGCAGAAGUUCACUCUGGACUGGGCCGAAGGCUUGGAGAACCAAGAUGUCAGUGUGGUGGUUUUGCUGUCGUUCAGGGAGCUGAACCUGAUCAGAGAUCAGCAGCACAGUCUUCUCUCGCUGCUCCAUGUUUUCCAUCCAACACUCCAGAAGCUCUCAGCAGAGCAGCUGUCUGUCUGCAAACUGCUCUUCAUCUUUGAUGGCCUGGAUGAAAGCAGACUUUCACUGGACUUCAGCAGCAGGCAGCUGGUUUCUGACAUCACACAGAAGUCAUCAGUCAACGUUCUGCUGACAAACCUCAUCGAGGGGAGCCUGCUUCCCUCGGCUCUCAUCUGGAUAACUUCCAGACCUGCAGCGGCCAAUCAGAUCCCUGCUUCAUGUGUUUCCAGGGUAACAGAAGUACGAGGCUUCACUGACGCCCAGAAGGAGGAGUACUUCAGGAGGAGGUUCAGUGAUGAAGAACUGUCCAGCAGAAUCAUCUCCCACAUCCAGACCUGCAGGAGCCUCCACAUCAUGUGUGGAAUCCCAGUCUUCUGCUGGAUCACUGCUACGGUUCUGGAGAACAUGUUGACCUCAGAGCAGAGAGGAGAGCUGCCCAAGACCAUGACUGACAUGUACUCACACUUCCUGCUGGUCCAGACAAAGAGAAAGAAGAACAAGUACCAUGGAGGACAUGAGACAGGUCCACAGGAGCUGAUGGAGGCUGACAGGGAAGUUCUUCUGAAGCUGGGGAGGCUGGCGUUGGAACAUCUGGAGAAAGGAAACAUCAUGUUCUACCAAGAAGACCUGGAGCAGUGUGGUCUGGAUGUCACAGAGGCCUCAGUGUACUCAGGAGUUUGUACAGAGAUCUUCAAAAGAGAGAGUGUGAUCUUCCAGAAACCAGUUUACUGCUUUGUUCAUCUGAGCAUCCAGGAGUUUCUGGCUGCAGUUUACAUGUUCCACUGUUUCACCAGCAGGAAUACAGAGGUCAUGGAGGAGUUCCUGGGAAAAAACUUCAGUUUCUCAUCUUUUGAUGAUCUCCUGAAAUUAGCACUGGAGAAAUCUCUCUUCAGUAAAAAUGGUCACCUGGAUCUGUUUGUUCGUUUCCUUCAUGGUCUCAUUCUUGAGUCCAACCAGAGACUGUUGGGAGGCCUGCUGGGUCAGACAGAGAUCAGUCCAGAAACCAUCCAGAGAAUCACCAACAAUCUGAAGUACAUGAAUAAUGAUAGAGUUUCUCCAGACAGAAACAUCAACCUUUUCCUCUGUCUGAUAGAGGUAAAUGAUCUCUCAGUUUAUCAGGAGAUCCAACAGUUCCUGAAAUCAGAUAAUAGACCAAAUAAGAAACUGUCAGAGAUCCACUGCUCAGCUCUGGCCUACAUGCUGCAGAUCUCAGAGGAGGUUCUGGACGUAUUUGACCUAAGCAAAUACAAAACGACAGCAGGAGGUUACCUUAGACUAAUACCAGCUGUGAGAAACUGCAAAAAGGCUUUAUUUGCUGAUUGUCGACUCACUGAGACUCACUGUGAAGUCGUGGCUGCAGCUCUGAAAUCCAACCCCUCCCAUCUGGCUCAACUGGAUCUCAGUAAGAAUUAUGACCUGAAGGAUUCUGGAGUGAAGCGUCUCUCUUCUGGACUCAGGAGUUCAAACUGUAGACUAGAGACUCUCAUACUGGAGUGCUGCAGUUUGUCAGAGACCAGCUGUGCUCAUCUGGUCUCAGCUCUGACCUUUAACCCCUCUUACCUGAGAGAGCUGGACCUCAGUGACAACUGCAAGCUGCACGACUCUGGAUUAGAGAAAUUGUGCUGUUUUCUCCAGAGUCCAUUUUGCAGACUGGAGAUUCUGAGACUGAAGGACUGCAGUUUGUCCCAGGCUGGUUGUGUGUUUCUGGUUGCAUCUCUGAAGGCCAACCCCUCCCAUCUGAGAGAGCUGGACCUGGGUUAUAACAACCUGCAGGACUCUGGAGUGAAGGAGCUCUGUGCAGCUCUGGAAAAUCAACACAGCAGGAUGGAAACUCUGAGGUUGUGCUGGUGCAGUUUGUCAGAGAUCAGCUGUUCUUCGCUGGCCUCAGCUGUGGAGUCCAAUCCCUCCCAUCUGACUGAACUGGACCUUAGUGAGAACAACUUGGCAGAUUCAGAUGUGAAGCAGCUGCUGAAACUCGUGGAGAAUCCAAACUACAAACUGGAGAUGCUGCGGUCAGUAGUGGUUCCUACUACAGAUGUUUUGUAUCAGAGACCUGAUGUUAAACAUGCUGAAGCCAAGUGGAUGAGUUCAAUAUGAUGGCUCUGAUUGGAACAUAAGACCAGUGCCAGUCAGAAAGUGCCACAGGAGAGUCACUCCUUAAUCUUCUCUGUCCAAAUUGUUUUGACUGCAGGUGGAAGUGAUGCAUCUGAACAGGACAGUUUCUGAACGACAUCCUGAUGAUCCAGAGGUAAAACCUGCCAUGUGUGGAAGACCAUGAUGACGUGUUGCACUGUUUCAGCUGGUUUCUGUUAAAUGUAUAAACAUUUUUUACAUUGAUAUUUGACAAGCUUUUCUUUUUUUAAGUGAACAAAACCAAGAAAUUGUAAUCAAACUUAUACACAUUAAGGAGCCGACAUCUGAAAUCAAGAGUUUUUGCAACAAUUGAAACCAAAUUUUCACUUGAUUGUACAUGUUCUAAUUUUCCUUUAGUCUGUAGUAAUAUUUUUAUGAAAAGCAGUUUCAUUUUCUGGACAUUUCUCACAUCUCUCUACAAGAAGUAUUUUUUUGCCACUGCUUUCAUUUAUUUAUUUAUUAAGCUCUGUAAAAAUCAAAGGCAACCAAGUGUGCUUCAGGUCAACUAGAAAAUACAACUGUCAUAUUAAACAAUACACUCACCAAUAAAAAAAAUGUAAAAGGAUCAAGAACUAUCUUAAAGUCGCCCACUGUAGCACAGCACCACUAUGCGUUGGAUAUAAUUUAGAUCUACUUUUUGCACCAAUGGGUGUCUAUAGAAAAGUAAAGACUAUGCUUUGCUGGGGAUUUUGAAGAACCCAACACCCAUCGGCUACGACAUCUUGGUUUCCAAACACGUUUCCAAAAAGACGACGUCUUCCAGGCUACCGGACCGUUUCCCUUUUACUCACAGCUAACUUGUUAAAAAUGUUCGACAUUUGUGGGAAAUUAGCAGGAAUAAGAUGUUUUGAGCUGGAUGCAAAAGAUUAUUCAUGUUAAUGUGAUUGAUCCUGAAUGAAUGAAUGAAUGAAUGAAUGAAUGAAUGAAUGAAUACGAAGAAAUUCCAAAAGAAAAAUGUAUUCAUAUCUGAAAGUAUCCAUCAGUAAAUCAUACAUUCUGGUCUUUUCAUUUCUGUUCCAGUUUAUUGUGUAAAUAUUAAAACAAAGUUAAAUAACUGAGUCUUCUGUAGCAUGAAUGUAUUAAAAUGUACAUAGUUUGCAUUUGCCCUGUUUAAAUAUCAAUAAAUUUAUCUUCCAUUCUAA